AUGGCUGUUUCGGCAAUCACUGGAGCGAGGCUAACCCUAGGGAGACCUCUCUCCUCUCCCACACUCACACGCACCAGAACAACUUCUCCUUCGCUCGUAAUGGCCAUAUCCAUUGACCACAAGACCGACAGCAAACUCACUCUUACAAAGUCCGAGGAGGCUUUCGCCGCUGCCAAGGAGCUGUUGCCUGGAGGUGUCAACUCACCAGUUCGUGCCUUCAAAUCGGUGGGUGGCCAACCAAUUGUGAUUGAUUCAGUGAAAGGGUGUCGCAUGUGGGACAUCGAUGGCAAUGAGUACAUUGACUACGUAGGUUCUUGGGGUCCUGCUAUUAUUGGUCACGCCGAUGAUCAGGUGCUUGCAGCUCUGGGUGAAACCAUGAAGAAAGGAACCAGCUUUGGUGCACCCUGUCUGCUUGAAAACACUUUGGCUGAGCUGGUUAUCGAUGCCGUCCCCAGCAUUGAAAUGGUUCGGUUUGUCAACUCAGGCACGGAAGCUUGCAUGGGUGCGCUCCGUCUUGCACGUGCUUAUACUGGACAAGAGAAGAUCAUCAAGUUUGAGGGGUGUUACCAUGGCCAUGCGGAUCCUUUUCUUGUUAAGGCUGGUAGUGGAGUUGCCACCUUAGGACUUCCUGAUUCCCCUGGUGUCCCCAAAGCUGCCACGUAUGAAACGCUUACAGCCCCAUACAAUGACAUCUUGGCCGUCGAGAAGCUCUUUGAGACUAACAAAGGAGAAAUUGCGGCUGUUUUCCUGGAACCUGUUGUUGGAAACGCUGGCUUCAUUGUUCCUACACCUGAAUUUCUUAAUUUCUUGCGCAAAAUCACCAAAGAGAACAAUACCCUUCUUGUGUUUGAUGAAGUUAUGACCGGAUUUCGAUUGUCGUAUGGAGGUGCUCAAGAGUAUUUUGGUAUAACUCCUGAUUUAACAACUCUAGGAAAGAUCAUAGGUGGAGGUCUGCCAGUUGGCGCUUAUGGUGGGAGGAGGGAUAUUAUGCAGAUGGUGGCACCAGCUGGCCCGAUGUACCAGGCUGGGACCUUGAGUGGGAACCCCUUGGCCAUGACUGCAGGCAUACAUACCCUGCAGCGGAUUAAGGAGCCAGGAACUUACGAGUACUUGGACAAAAUCACAGGUGAGCUUGUUCAGGGCAUUAUUGAAGCUGGGAAGAGGGCAGACCAUGCAAUAUGUGGUGGGCAUAUAAGGGGGAUGUUUGGGUUUUUCUUCACAGAAGGACCUGUUUAUAAUUUUUCAGAUGCCAAAAAGAGUGACACGGCCAAGUUUGCUAGGUUUUUUUGGGGAAUGCUGGCCGAAGGUGUCUAUUUGGCACCUUCCCAGUUUGAGGCUGGCUUCACCAGCUUGGCACAUACUUCUGAUGACAUUAAUAAGACAAUAGCCGCUGCUGAGAAAGUUUUCAGAGAGAUCUGA